UACGAGUCGUUUUGACCCGCAAAGGGCGAGCUUUUUUCUUCUUCUUCUUUCUUUCCUCCUUAUUCUUCUUCUUCAAUGUGGUUGAAGUUAUCGAUUUUAAAAGACCCAUACCUCUCCUCCCGUGGCUUCUGGAGGUGAAAUCUGUGUGUUUGUUUCUCUCGAUUUUAAUUCCCAGGGACAGGGGAAGGCGGAUUUAUUAUUAUUAUUUUUAAUUUCUAAGGGCGUCUGCGGUGGCUCUCUCUGUAUCUGUUGUUUGCGGUCAUUGUUCUUAGGGUUCGGGGGAAAUGAAGUCCUCGUUGGGUAAGCUUCGCAGAUUGGCACUUCACAAGAACGAUGCCAAGGAGAAGACGGGGUUUCUACCUUCUGCACACUUGGAUGAGCUCGCUGAGGCUGCGAAGGACAUGCAAGAGAUGAGAAAUUGCUAUGAUAGCAUACUCUCUGCAGCAGCUGCUACAGCAAAUAGUGCAUAUGAAUUCUCAGAAUCACUGCGGGAAAUGGGUGCUUGUCUGCUGGAGAAGACUGUAUUACAUGAUAACAAAGAAAAUGGUGAAGUUUUGCUAAUGUUGGGGAAAGUGCAGUACGAACUUCAAAAACUUGUCGAUAACUAUCGCUCUCAUAUAUUCUCAACAAUCACAAACCCUUCAGAGUCUCUUCUUAAUGAACUUCGAACUGUUGAGGAGAUGAAGAUACAAUGCGAUGAAAAGAGAGAUGUAUAUGAAUACAUGAUGGCACAGCAGAGAGAAAAAGGAAGAUCAAAGAGUGGGAAAGGUGAAAACUUUACUGUACAGCAACUGCAAGCAGCUCAUGAAGAAUAUAAUGAGGAGGCCACUCUAUGUGUUUUCCGGUUGAAAUCUCUUAAGCAAGGGCAAUCUCGAAGUCUUCUAACACAAGCAGCUCGUCACCAUGCGGCUCAGUUGAAUUUCUUUCGGAGGGGACUCAAAUCACUUGAGGCUGUUGAGCCACAUGUUAGACGGGUUACAGAACAGCAACAUAUUGAUUACCAGUUCAGUGGACUUGAAGAUGAUGAUGUGGAAGAUGGUGAGGAUGAUGGCAAGAAUAGCUAUAGUGCUGAUGAUGCUGGGGAAUUGAGUUUUGACUAUAGACGAACUAGGCAGGGGCUUGAUGCUGUUUCCAGGAGUUCAAUGGAGGUAGAUGAAGCGGGCCUUACGUUUCCCCAAGCUUUGACUACGGAAAAUGCUGAGAUGAAUCUUGACAAAAGCCAAGACGAUCUCAGAAUCUCAAGUAGAGAACCUAGAGUGGGUAGCCAUUCGGCCCCAAUAUCUACAGAAAUGUUUGAUCCAGCAGAAAAAGUAAUAAAUAUGCAACCUUCAUCUACUCGAAGGCCUAACACAUAUGUGUUGCCCACACCAGUUGAUGCAAAGGCUUCAAGUUCAUCAAGAACAAGUAGUUCAGUUCCCCAGUUGAUGCCAAGUGGACGCACCCACAAUUUGUGGCAUUCUUCCCCAUUGGAAGAUAAGAAGCAUGAGAAAGAUUCUGGUGAUGGUGUGUCUGUACUCAAAGAGAGCAACAUUAAUAAUACCACCAUUGCGCUACCCCCUCCUUUGGUGCAGGGAAUUUCACUUUCUCAGCUUGAGACGUUUAAUGCUUCUGACACUAGCAAAAUCAAGCGACAAGCUUUUUCUGGUCCAUUAAUUGGUAAGCCGGGGUCAACAAAGCCUGUUUUAUCGUCUAGUGGUCCCAUUGCGUCUGCUGAAUUGCCCCAACUAGUUUCUGGAAUGCCUUCUCGGUUGCCAAUUCCUCAGCCUUCAUCUCCAAAAGUAUCCCCAAGUGCUUCACCUCCCCCUGUGUCUUCACCCAAGAUAAGUGAACUUCACGAGCUUCCUAGACCCCCAGGUAAUCCAGCCUCCAAGCCAGCAAAAUCUCAUGGCUUACUGGGGCACUCUGCUCCAUUGUCCUUCAGAAAUCAGGAGCCAUUUGGAAUAAAUAAAAUUCCUUUGGAGGCAUCAACUGCGGCUUCUCCACUUCCAAUCCCACCAUUAAUUGUCCCUCGGAGUUUCUCUAUACCCUCAAGUGGUCAGAGAGCGAUGGCAAUGCAAGUUACAAAGCUUUUGGAUUCUCCCCAAGUUUCAGGCAAGGCUGAAGAAGUUGCUUCACCUCCAUUAACACCCAUUUCCCUGUCAAAACGUUAAGCCAGCAUCAAACUGUUAAUGAAGUGGCCUCUCACUCUGGUCAAACCCAAGCUUGGUGUGUACAUGCAGGUGAGAGAGCUAAUAUUUUUCCCCGUGGGUCGGCCUGGCGGAAGAUUGUUUUUGGGUCAUUGUCUUCAUGUUGGGAAGUGGGAACAGGUCUGUAAAUACGACGUUUUAUGUAUGGUUUAGUUUCUCAUCUCAGUCUUUUGUCCAUUGCUUGUUUUAUUUUAAAGGAUGAGAACUAAACUCUAGUCAGUUACAUUGUAACGUCUCACGAGUAUCUUCAAAUGAAGAAUUUUUGUUCAUUUA